CAAACACUUGAGAGAACAUGUGCUUUCUCAAUAUAUAUAUAUAAAUAACUCCUCACUUCCGGACCCCCACAGACCUCCGCCCAUAUCCAGUUGUUGUUUUCUGAGUGGGUGCAACUCUACUCUUCCAAAGAGAAAGGGAAAAUGCUGGUCGUCUUUCUGCUCGUCUUUUGUCUCGGUGAGACUGAGUCCGCUGCGGACUCGUACGUGGCUGCCGUGUACGAGCACAGAGUCAUCCUGAACCCGAACCCUCGCGUCCCCGUGUCCCGUCGCGAAGCCCUGGUCCACAUGCAGAAGAACCUGGAUAUCUACGAAGAGCAGGCUGCUAAAGCGGCACAGCAGGUAGCCAAGAUACUUGUGUUUCCAGAAGAUGGUAUUCACGGUUUUAACUUCACCCGUUCAUCCAUUUCCGGAUACAUGGAAACCAUUCCUGACCCUCAGGAGGAGAGCUGGAACCCCUGCACCGAGCCUGACAAAUACAACAACACUGAGGUUCUCCAGCGACUGAGCUGCAUGGCCCGUCGCAACAACCUCUACCUGGUGGCAAACAUGCCUGAUCUGCAACCCUGUCCCCUGAAGACGGCCCCGUCCACAUGCCCCCCUGAUGGACACUGGCAGUUUAACACCAAUGUGGCUUUCAAUUCUGACGGUCUGCUGGUGGCACGUUACCAUAAACAGAACCUCUUUUUCGAAGAAUCCUUUGACACGCCUCCAAAGCUUGAACUGAUCACAUUUGAUACACCCUUUGCUGGGAAGUUUGGUCUCAUCAUCUGCUUUGACAUCCUGUUCCACGAUCCCACAGUAGCCCUGGUGAAAAUGGGUGUGCGUCAGCUGAUUUUCUCCACAGCGUGGAUGAACGCUCUCCCGCUGUUGGAUUCAAUUCAAUUUCAUAGGGCCUUCAGUCUGGGGGCCAAUGUCACGGUUCUCUCUUCAAACCUUCGUAAUGAAAAGCAUAGGAUGACAGGAAGUGGUAUCUACACCCCAUUUUCUGCUACCUUCUACCACGCCGUGAACAGAGGCCCAGAGGAGGGUCGGCUGCUUGUGACCAAAGUCCCAGUCUUGGGUCCAGUUGGGGUGAACAAUGUGGGUGACUCAAUGUCACCUGUGGCUACAGAGUCUGAUCACUGCCACAGAGGUCGUUGUGCUGAUUCUCCUUCUCCUGGUUCAUCCUUCACUGGAACCAUGGCGCAUGACCUAUAUAAUUUUGUCCUUUUAAAUGAGACACAGGGCAACCUCAGAGUGUGUGAUAGUACGUUCUGCUGCCACCUCCAGUACAAGUGGACAGCACAUAACAAAAGCAAGGAACUAUAUGCAUUGGGAGCAUUUGCAGGAAUGCACAACGGAAGUAUACGUUAUGCCGUGCAGGUAUGUGCAGUAGUCCGCUGUGCAGGACUGGAGGCCAGCUCAUGUGGGCAGCAUGUGUUGGAGGCGGAGUCUAAGAUGGACUUCCUGUUGGAGGCAACUUUCCAGACAGAUUAUGUGUACCCUUCAGUCUUGAUGAACUGCAUGGAGGUAAAGCAACCUGACAAACUGGAAAAAACCACAGGUGGGAGAGUGGCCAUGAAAUAUUCCAACCUGACUGGAGGCCUGAUCACUGCCUGUUUGUAUGGAAGAAUGUACCAGCUGGAUCAUUUGCCGCAGAAUAAUAGUAACACGCUAAAAUUGAUAGUUUUUUUAUUGUUGUUUGUGUUUUUUCUAUUUUUAAUUUGCAAAUAUUGUCAACAUAAGAUUGUCCAUACAAGGGCUGGUCCCAGGUAUACACCUUUACAAAGGUCCUUUGGAGACUAACCAAGAGAAACUGAGCACACAUUCUGUUGAUGCAUUGCACAAAACAACUUUGCAAUCUUUUAUGUUACUCAACCUGCCUAAAAACCUUCAAAACAAAAACUUCUUCUCUAGGUCUUUUCAAUUUUAAAUCUCUUCCCACUGAAAAAUACCUCUGAGCAAGCUAUUUGGGUAAAACUU